AUGUUACAGAAUCACGUGAAGAGCUUGUCAGCUAAAGGUUUGAAGGAUCCUUGGAUUAGGUUAGUCAUGCUACCUUACAUCUCACUUUUUCAAUCCAUAUUCACGUUACGAAUGUGGCGAGGACGCAUGUACCAAACUAACUUAUGGGCUGUACUGCUGUACGGCUGCAAGACUUGGCCAAUUUGGGUGGUCUUUGACCACCAAUGUCUCAUAAGUAUAGUUGAAAUCGACUG